AUGGAGGUCAUGGCAGGGGCGGUGUUGAGCGCCCUCCUCCACAAGCUGGACGCCGUGCUGACAGACGAGUACAGGCUGCAGAGGAGCCUGAGGGGCGAGAUCAUGUUCCUCCGCGCGGAGCUGGAGAGCAUGCAGGCAGCCCUCGAGAGAGUAUCCUCGCCGUCGGCGCAGCCGGUGGACAGGCAGGUCAGGAUCUGGGCAGGGCAGGUCAGAGAGCUCUCCUACGACGUCGAAGACAGCAUCGACAGGUUCAUGGUGCGCGUCGACCUCCAUCAUCCGGGGUUCAGCGGGUUCAUCGGCAGGUGCCUGAGCCUGCUGACCACGGCCCGGGUCCGCCACCGGAUCGCCACAGACAUCAGGGGCAUCAGGGGCCUCGUCAAGGAGGUCGCCGACCGGCGCGGCAGGUACAGGGUCGACGAUGGUGCUUUCGCCGUCCGGCGGCCUGCUGGCGCCACCGUCGACCCUCGCUUGCAUGGCAUGUACGAGGACUCGGCGAGGCUCGUCGCGGUGGGUGGGCCGAGGGCGGAGCUCUGCAGGUUGUUGGUGGAGCAAGAAGGCGCGGGUACCAUGGAUGGUCAACUGAAGGUGGUCUCCAUUGUUGGGGUUGGUGGCCUGGGCAAGACGACGCUGGCGAACGUCGUGUACCAGCAGAUCAGAGGCCGGUUUGACUGCGACGCCUUUGUCACAGUGUCCCUCAAGCCUGAUCUGAGGAGGGUUUUGGGCAGCUUGCUCCGUCAGGUUAGUAAGCAGAGUUACAGCGAGGUUGAAGCAUGGGAUGUUGUGGAACUCAUUGACAAAAUCAGACAAGUUCUUCAGGAUAAGAGGUACUUAAUUAUAGUUGAUGAUAUAUGGGACGAAUCAGCUUGGAACUGUAUAAAGACUGUACUAGUUGAGAACAACUGCAGCAGCAGAGUAAUCACAACAACACGUAUUGCUGGUGUUGCUGCAUCAUGCAGCUCUUCCAUCGACGGUAACAUUUAUAAACUAAAUCCUCUUGGUCAUGAUGAUUCGAAGAAGUUGUUCCAUGAAAGAAUAUUUGGGAGUGAAGAUGGUUGCCAUGUGAAACUGAGAGAAAUAUCUCAGAAAAUCAUAAGAAAGUGUGAUGGUGUACCAUUAGCUAUCAUUACUAUUGCCAGCCUAUUGUCUCACAAAUCAAAGAAUAUACAUGAAUGGGACACUGUGAACAAAUCAAUUGGUUCUGGACUUGAGAAAUUCCCCAAUAUGGAGAACAUGCGUCAGAUAUUGUCUAUUAGUUAUUAUGAUUUGCCGUCCCAUCUAAAACCCUGCUUUCUAUACCUGAGUGUUUAUCCGGAGGAUUAUGCAAUAUUGAGUGAUCACUUGCUAAGGAAACUUGUGUGCCUAUACAUUGAAACAUCGGUAAGGCUACCAGAUGGGAUUGGAGCCAUGAAAUCCCUACAGGUUCUGUCUACCGUUGGUGUGGGUGCCUCUCCAAACUUCUCAAAGGAACUAGGUUAUCUUACAGAUCUGAGGAUUCUUAAAAUUUCGCUAUCUGGAACAUGGGACAAGAACUAUGAGAAACAUUUGCUAUGUUCUUUGUGCAAGCUGACAAAAAUCAAGGAAAUAAGUAUUCAAUCUUCCGGAGUUCCCACAAAAUUCAUUGUGGAUUUAGGAUGGACCCCUCACAACCUUCGAUACUUUUUCGGCAACAUACCUAGAUUACCAGAAUGGAUGAACUCCUCACUCUCAGAACUAUCCACUUUAAUCAUCACACUAGACAAAAUCCAGCAGGAAGACCUUGGCACUCUCGGCAACAUCCCAUUUUUGCAUUAUCUCUGUGUUACUGUGCACAAAAUCAAAAAGGCAGAAGAAAGAUUGAUUAUCGGCACUGAUCAUGCAAACUUUAAGUGCCUAUCUGAGUUUCACAUUCACAAUGAUUCAUUGGGGAUCAUGUUUGUAGAAGGAGCUAUGCCAAGGCUUCAAACCCUCGAGGUUACAUUUCAGGUUCGCGAGGCGAAGGAUGAAUACAAUAAUUUUGAGGUCGGCUUGGAGAACCUCCAUUCUGUUAAGCUGGUCACAAUUCGAAUGCAUUGUUGUGGUUCCAGUCUCAUUGAGGUGGAGGAAGCUGGUGCUGCUAUGAGGAAGACAUCCUAUGUGAAUCCCAAGCAUCCAAGGGUUGACGUGAUUAGAUAUUAUGAAGAUGAAAUGAUAGAGGAUGAGGAGAAAUCUCAACUCGAUGAGGAAGCAUUCAAAGAACAAGAGAUCAUUCUUGAGAAGAUUGGACCCUGGGGAGGAAAUACAGGGAGAAAACGAGACAUAAAGGUGGCACCACGUUAUCUAAGAAGUGUGAGAAUUUGCUGUGGUGAUGUUAUAGAUGCGUUUGCAUUUUCUUACCUGGACAAAAAUGAGAAUCUGCAUGAGACACCUCUUUGGGGUGGUGUUGGUGGGACCAUCCACACGAUUCUACUAGAACCCUCGGAGCUUGUGCUUGAAAUUUCAGGGACUUUUGGUCCAUAUGGUCAAUUUCCCAGCAUCAUAAAGUCACUUAUGCUUGUGACCAACUUACGUACCUAUGGGCCUUUUGGGCAGCUACAUGGAACUCCUUUCCACUCUCGAGUGAAGAAAAAUGGCACUAUUGUUGGCUUCUUUGGGUGCUCAGGGGAAUUUUUAGAUGCAAUAGGUGUUUACAUUCAUCCUUAG